AUGUAUGACAGCGCUUCCAUUUCCUCUCCAGAGUGGCUCCAGUCCCGAGUCAUUCAGCGACUUCGAGGAGAUGUACAGCGUGGCCGACCUGCACCUCGAGCCUUAUCUCGAGACCGGAUCGCCCGAAGGCCUGUUGGAGGAGGUGAUCACGUGGAACAGCACGGCGGACGACGCCGAACGGCGCCUGUCGGAGUCCUGGAAGCGAGCGUUGGCCGCCUACCUGCUCAGCACCGAGCAUCGGAGGGUUCCCUGAGCGACGUCGUGUCGGAGCAACUGUUCGGCCUGGCGGACCUGCUGCCCACCGAGGAGGCCCUGAACGCGGCCUACGCCCCGUACGCCGACAUGCGCCCGGACGCCUUCCUCGACAACUGGCUGCUCGCGAUCGACGGCCGACGGCGACAACAGCGGGCCGCACUGGCGGCCGCCACGGGCGCCUCGCACCUGGCGCGGCUCGUCGAGGCGCCCUACUUCGACCUGGGACUCGAGUGGCUGUCGCACGUCGGAGGCAGCAACGACAGCUCUUCCGGCUGGCGGAGGGGGCUCGUGGUGCGGGUACACCACAUCGUGUUUCCCAUGUACAGCGUCAACGUCACCGACGCCCUCAGAUACGGCACCCUCGGCGCCCAGUUUGCCUGGACCCUGCUCUAUCGCGUCUCGGCCGACGAGCUGGCCAGUGCCGUGCCGUCAGAAGCCGGUUGCCGCAGCAGUUGGGCUAGCAAGGGCUGGCUGCACCGGAUACGCCUGGUGCACGAGCUGCAGCUUCGAGCUCUCGCCGACGCUCGAGGUUCGCGACUCGAGCAACGGCUCGUGGGCCUCGAGCACCUCUCCGAGCAGGCGCUGCUGUUCGCCGUCGGCUGCCUGCUGCUGUGCGACGGAGACCCCUCGGAGCAGCUGGUGGCGCUCUGCAACGAGCCGCUCGCCGGAGACGCGCGCUUCGUCGAGGCGUUCGAUUGCCCGCAGGGAAGCGCCAUGGCGCGACCGCCCCAGCACCCGUGCUCGGACAGCCACGCCUGAGAACGACGACAUAUGUGACUGGCCGCUGUAUGCGUUCUGCGCACAUCUUUCGAUGAGCGCAUACCUUAUUCUACCCGGCUGCAACGUAAUAGUAUCCUAUUUCUGCACCUGAAGAGGAUGGUUAGCAUUGGGGGGUAUAAAUAUGUCGUUUCUUCUUUUUCUUUUUUUUGCUAAUGAUAUACUUUACAUGGACAGCACGAACUGGGAUGCUGUAGUAAGCAGUGAGCUCUUGCUGAUGAUGCAAGUAAGAACAUGGACAUAGCCGCGCGCGCGUGGGAGGACAUUUGCUAUGAAUGCCGACACUGUGUAUCGUGUAUAGAGAGUACGACUGGAUCGAGCUGUCGUCCCAG